CAGCACUUCCUCAUCGCCAAAAUGCGUCUUAGCAACAUCCUCGCAGCCUUGACUCUUGGAGUCUCCUCUGUUCAGGCGUGGAACCGCAUCGACAAGGACAAUGCGGCCCUUCUCGUGAUUGACCACCAGGUCGGUCUGACCCAGUUGGUGCGCGACUACAGCACCAACGACUUCCGCAACAACAUCCUGGCCCACGCUGCCAUCGGCAAGGCUUUCAACCUCCCCACCGUGUUGACCUCCUCCUCCGACGCUGGCCCCAACGGUCUUCUCCUCAAGGAGAUCACCGACAUGCACCCCAAUGCCACUUUCGUUCGCCGUCAGGGUGAGGUCAACGCCUGGGACAACGCUGAGUUCCGGGCUGCCGUCAAGGCCACUGGCAAGAAGCAGCUGAUCAUUGGCGGUAUUGUCACUGAAGUUUGUACUGCUUUCUUGGCGCUGUCCCUGAUUGACGAGGGAUACGAGGUGUAUGCCAACACCGAGGCUAGCGGUACCUUUGAUGCCAAGUUGGCCAUCGACGCCAACCGUCGCAUGGAGAAGGCUGGUGUCACUCUGAUGGGCAUCUUCGGUAUCAUCUGCGACCUCAUGCGCGACUGGCGCCACACCCCUGGCUUGAACGAGCUCCUCCCUUGGCUCGACCAGUACCAGUUCGCUUACGGUCUGGUUGCUCGUCACCACGCCGGUGCCAUCGUCAACGGUACCCUGGCUGCUGUUGAGGAGACCCUCAUCUAAGCUCUUCACGCGCCAGGUGAGCGCGCCAGGAUCUCUGGCCCCUCGGGCUAGAAAGGAGACGGGUCUGGCUGCUGUCGCGGGUGCCAACCAUUCUCCCAGUCAAGAUAAGCCCUGUACCUGGUUCUAGCGGUCUUGGUCGCAGUGUGGGACAAUCCAAACUAUAGUACAAGUUUAGU